CGCGUUUGUAUUUUGCGUAGGUGCAUGAUGAAAAAGACAAAACACGGCAAGGGUGAGGAGCAUAUGGUCAAAACGCAACGUUGAUGUGUCAAACGAGGGUUGUAGUGUCGCGAACGGUACGGUACGCUGUGAUGUCGUCGUCGGAUCGUGAAGCGUAUCAUUGCGUGCACUUGAGGGGUAUGUGGCGUUAGUUGUUGUUGGUGCGUUUAGUGCGUUUAUGUGUCGGUUGCUACCCCCGAUUUAGGGCGAGAGGAGCGCGACGCGCGGCCGGCGAGCGCAGCACGAGGGUAGGUACUAGGGUCGCGCGCAGAACCACCUGGCGUCGCGCGCUCCCCCAUUCAAUUCACUAUCGACCGGCUGCGAGUAACAAUUUCCCCACCGAUACUAAUCGAAAUCGGAGUCCAAUGAGAAAAUCGGUACGGGCUCCGGGUAAGCAAUCGAAGUGAGCAUGCGAGGAGGCUAGAGGAUCGCGACCAUGAGUGGCAGUGCCGUCGGGUUCGCGGCUUCUGUGCUAGGCGGAGGACUGCCUUUCGAGAGGGUGACGAAGCGGCCGUCGUCGUCGCUGUCGCAAUCGUAAACAAAGUGCGGAUUGUGCGUGUUAACCGGUGAAGUGAGGUGUAGUGAGCAGGAGGAGGCAUCUGCCGGGGCCAUCCCGGGAGACGACGUCGCGGCGCCGAGCCAUGGCUUUUUCGAUAAGCCGCCAACCCUCGUGAUGGACCAUAUAGGCGACAUGAUCGAGCAGCAGGCACUGGGUGAUCCGGUCGAUUCUCCUGAUGGUAGCGCGCAUGCGGCCGGUGGCGGCAUGGAGACGCAAACCGUCCGCAUGAGGUUGGUGUCGCGUGCUGUGGUGGAGAGGCGUCUCGUCAAGCAGGAAGAGGCCGAAGGCCCCCUGUCCGUAAUAGUCCAACCCCAGGACGACUCGCGAGAUUCAGAGCUUCUUAGUCCUGGCAAACUCUCACCGACUUCGGUGAGCGUAGCCAACAUGAUCGACGCUGCUGAUUUUCGAAUGCAGCCCGAACCCACUUACCAAACGUUAACCUCAGUCAAUGGAAGACUAUCGCCUCCAGGAUACAGCCCCAGCUCCUCCUAUGCCACCCUUACACCUCUCCAACCUCUACCCCCCAUCUCGACAAUGUCCGACAAGUUCGCAUACGGUCACGCCGGCAAUGUCACGGGCUCUUUCACGGUCAUGCAAAACAAUAGCCUUGGAAUAGGCUUAGGUUUGGGUGUAAAUGUGAACGCGGCCUAUUCGAUGCCCACGAUGGGCAUGACACCACCUCACAACUAUUCUUCUCCCGGUAUGGGUCUACAGCAGCAACCGAGCCCGAUCAGCCCCCAAAGCGCCUACAGCCAGAACGGAUUGCCGUCCCCUCAGAAAAGCAUGUCUCCGCCAGGUUACGACUCCCCUUAUGGUGCCCAGCAGAGAGAUCUAGUCGCGCGUUCUUUGCAAAGCCCGCAGUUAAGUCCACCGUCAGCCUCGUUGAAUUCACCAGAUGGUACUCUGGUGGGUGGUUUCGGCGGCACAACUCUCAACGGUCUUGGUCUCCAACACCACCCACCGACGCUGGUACAAAUCGCCGCCCCUCAACAACGCGAAUGUUCACCUUCACCACCUGUCCUCAGCUUGCAACCACAACAACAAUCACAACAGCAGCAACAACAACAACCUCAACCUCAGCAACAGCAGCAGCAGCAGCAACAACAGCAGCAACCUCAGCAACAGCAACAACCUCAGCCUGCCGUCGCGAUGCAAAUAUCGUCAAAGAACGCGUCCUCUGGAGCCCUAAGUGUACCUGCCAUUGCCGCCGACGUCGAAGAAAUCAACACCAAAGAGCUAGCUCAACGCAUUAGCGCAGAACUGAAACGCUACAGCAUACCCCAAGCUAUUUUCGCCCAAAGGGUGCUUUGUAGGUCGCAAGGCACGCUUUCUGACCUAUUACGAAACCCUAAACCCUGGUCGAAACUCAAAUCGGGACGGGAAACUUUUCGGCGGAUGUGGAAAUGGCUACAAGAACCAGAGUUCCAAAGAAUGUCGGCCCUGCGUCUAGCAGCUGCGCAGAUCCCACAACGAGGCAGUUGCAAACGGAAAGAGGAGAAUUCGAACAGUUCGGACCAACUGCCCACCCCCAAGAAGCCUCGAUUGGUUUUCACCGACCUCCAACGGCGUACUCUGCAGGCUAUUUUUAAGGAAACGAAAAGGCCUUCGAAAGAAAUGCAGGUGACCAUAGCGAGGCAGCUGGGUCUGGAGCCGACGACCGUGGGGAACUUUUUCAUGAACGCGCGAAGAAGAUCGAUGGACAAGUGGAAGGACGAAGAUCCAAAAUCAUCCACGACCAUAAUCCACCAGCAAAUGUCGCCGGGAUUAGAACAAGACGAUCCCGAUCAGGAUAUAGAUUUGGACAAUGACAUCGACGAUCAGGAAGAUGUCUUGUGACAUGCAUUCCGUGACCGCCAUUUGUUGAUGCUGUGACACUGAACUAAUAGUGACGGCGUUCCUAGAGUUUAGAAUAGUGUAGACCCACCGACAAGUUGUGUAUUUGACCGCGGAACAAAAUUCUUCUUCAAUCCUGCGCUUACGGAACUUUCGAGUGAUCUCAUUGGCAAGACGUUGUGUUCGGUUACUCCAUCUACCAAAAUGUGUUAUUCUAUUUAUCUAUUUAUUACUAUUGUUGUUGUAUUUUUUUAUUUUGACGUAUUUUGUGUUUCGGUUAAGUCGCGGCCGCUUCAGGUUUUUAAAGUUUUUUUUUUGUACUUCGAUCGACGGCCACCGAAUUUGGUUGUGUAAACUUGUCCAACUUACGUAAUGAAUUUUUUAAGUUCCAUACAUCUUUACAUUCCGAUAGCACGCUUUGCGUUUAACAAAGGCUGUAUUUUACCUCAUUUUCUAGUCAUUGUGUUGGUUCAAAAUUAUGGAUAAGUAUUUAUUUGCUUGUAAAUACGAACAAACAAUUGUUAUAUUUGUACAUUUAAGGUAGAUAGGUUUUUUUUUUUUUGUUAGAGUAGACUCUGAUUUUGCCAAAAAUUGUUUUUAUGUAGGUUAUGUAAUUGGAGUUUUGAACUUGUUUAGAAUAGACAUAGUCAUAAGUUCGUUUUUGAGUUUUAAUCGUGUGAUCGUUUGGUUUGAUCUGUGAUCUGUUACUUCGUCAUAGAAUCAUUUAUACAGGUCAAAUACAAAGAAUUAAACUUUCUUCACAAAAAAUGUAAAAUAUCAAAAUGAGGCUAUAUUUUGGUAAAAAAAGUCUAAAGUUUCUAUUUUAGCACAAACAAAAAAGAAAAAAGUGUCUGUAUUCAGUACUUUAGAUCUAGUUAUUGAUAAUGUACAAAAUUCCAUUUCCAUUCGAUAUUUUUUGUGUAAAGAACAGUUGAUUCUGAAGUCGGGGGUAGGUAUAAAAUUUGGCAGAGUGCCCAAAAGAGCACCUAGUCUACGUACCAAAAAUAUUUUUUACGAAUUAUUUCUUGUAAUAUAUUGUAGUAGUAUAAAGCAUUUUUGUUUCAAAGAAAAGUAAAUAAUUUUCGAAAGAGGAAAAAGUAACGACACCGUGUUGAAAAAGGGAACGCAAGAGUGCAAGUUUUGACAAUAUUUACUAACAUAAUCGGGGGAUGAAUGUUGUUACUUUUUCAUCGUAGAAAUUUGUAUUGAAAGUCUGUGACAGUGAAAAUAGAAUCAUAUUAAUAGUACUGGUUGUUAAAUCUCCUAUGUAAAUAUUGCGAGACAAAAGUAUUUAUAUAUAAUUCCCAGCAAUGUCGGGAUCACUUUUGCUAUGGUCUUUCUGUAAAUGAAUACAUAAUCUAACUGUACACGGAGCGUUGGCUUUGUUUCUUUUUGUAUUUGCAUGCGAGAUGUAAGGGUGGUGUACACGGGCGAUGUGUUUACUUUGUUCCCUGUAUGCCGCUUGUGACAUCGUUAUAGGUUCGGUACCAUGUACGUAUUUAUUAUCAGUUUUAGAGCGUCGAACGCCUCAUCCUGGCGAAGAGUUGGGGUCACGAAAUGCCUUACUACAAACAUGUACCGUUGUUUAAGUCUAGUCAGCACUUGUCAGACGUGUUCUUUUCUGUAACCGUUUUGUUUUCUAGUCUUUUACGUCGUCCUUAGUUAGAGCUUCACCAGAAAAGCAUAAUACUCCGCGGAGCGGCGAGUCCUUGAACCGAUACGUCUUUAAUGUUGGUACCGGAGUUAGCACUCGCCUCGCCGUUUUCGAGCGGGUUGUCGGCCGUUCAUUUCUCAUAAAAAUUGUGCAAUUUCAAUAAAAAAUUAGAUUGUCGCCGCACCCGCUACUGUGUGUACUACAUACAAUGUUUUGCACGAUGUUGCACUUUACUCUAAUUUGUCAGGUUCCGGGGGUUGUCAGAAUCCAGAUUUCCAGAAUCGAGCGCUACGACUACAAAAUCCCAUCUGCUGUGUAUUGUAUAAAUAAGUUUCUUCACAACCCAUCGAUCGGUCACCACCACCCAGAAUAAUUUAGUGCAAUAGUAAAAACGUGUAAAAAUGGCAAUAUCAUAUCCCAUCAAAGUGUAAUCGUGAGCGAUCACGAGUCUACACACGAUUCUGUAGAGAAAUAGCGUUGAUUAAAGAAAUAUUUAAAAUAAA